AUGUUGGGCCUGUCGAAAGUCUUCCGGCGAGGCGACUCGGUGGACGAGUACGUCCGAAGCGCAGAUGAGCGGGCGCUUGUCCGCCGUCUGGACAUGUUCUUGUUGACUUUUGGUUGUCUCUCUCAAGUAAUUAAAUAUUUGGACCAGCAAAACAUCAAUAAUGCGUAUGUCUCUGGCAUGAAAGAGGACCUGAACCUCCGUGGCAAUGAAUUGAACCUGUUCACCACCUAUUUUAAUGUUGCAUACUGCAUAAUGCUCAUCCCUUCCCAAGUCAUCUUGACCUAUGUGCGACCAAGCUUCUGGCUACCGGGACUGGAAAUUGCCUGGGGUGUCUUGACCGGGUUAAUUGCCAUGACCACCAGUGCAAAACAAGUCUACAUCAUUCGUGUAUUCUUGGGUCUCUGUGAAAGCAGUGCGUGGCCCGGCAUGAUGACUUUGUUGAUGUAUUGGUAUACCCCGACAGAGCUAGCAAAGCGCAUGGGAUUUUAUCACUCGUGUCAGGCUGUAGGGCAGAUGAUGUCUGGGGCCAUGCAAGCAGCCAUCUCGGAGACGCUGAAUGGCCAUCGAGGACUAGCAGGGUGGCGAUGGCUGUUUGUGAUCAAUGCCAUCAUCACCGUCAUUUGGGGAUUCGCAGGGUUCUUUAUGAUCCCGGACCUUCCCAAUAAACCAAACCCUCGUGCAUUCUGGUUCCGCAAAAUCCACGCCGAGCUCUCGAUGGAGCGCCUGGCUCGUCACGGUCGAGCCGAGCCCAAGAAGAUGACCUGGGCUGGUGUGAAACGAACCUUUUCCGGCUGGGUGGUCUACUUCAUCGCCAUUCUCUAUAUCGCCACCGUGCUGGGUACCUAUGGCUAUGUGUACUUUUCUCUGUUCCUCAAGUCAUUACAGAAGCCCGACGGGACACCGAGAUGGUCAGUGUCAGAAGUGAACGCGAUUCCCAUCGGUGGUUCGGCUAUCAACGUCGUCUUUGUGUGGAUCUGGGCACUGCUGUCAGAUUAUCUACGAACCCGCUGGACGUUGAUUGUGGCCCAAGGAAUCAUCGGCAUCGUUCCCUGCAUUAUUAUGAGUAUCUGGACAUCACACCCGACCGCAGUACCAAUCUCGGCUGCCUAUGCCUCAUACUUCAUCUCCUACAUUUGCUUGGGUACUGCCCCACUCAUCUUUGCAUGGCUUUCUGAUCUGAUCCCUCAAGAUCCGAGGCCCGCGCCCUACUACCGAUAUGGCUGGCAAUCCGCGUUGGCGCUGUUGGUACUUGUCAUUAUCAUGACCUGUGCACUGCGCUACAUUGAUGUUCGAUAUCUCUUACCCAAGCGCGAGGAAUUCCAGGAGACGUUGGAGGAAACGGUUGCCGGCAGAAAAGACAGUGUCACAGGGUCCGUAGAAGGCGAAGGGUCUUCGGGGCCAAGUGCAAAGCCCAGUGUGAAAACUACGCCCAGAGCUACGAUUGACGAGGUAUAG